UCUCUAUGCAAAAGCAAAGGCCUCUUUGGUUGGCUACAUUGAUUUUUCGCACUAUCAAUUUUGACACUUACGCCUUUUAAGGUCAUCCUGCAAUUUAAUAAAAUAAUUUCCUUUAUUUAACGUGAUAACAUUAUUUUUAGUGAAAAAGUGAAGGUAUAAGAAAUAAGUGAGAAUGGCAAGAAAUGUUUCGCCCACAGAGUUGUCGAAUUCAUCACCUCCACACUCAAAGGGCUCGAACAAUGAUGACUGGACUUGUGAUGAAUGUGGUAAUGUGAAUUUCGCACGUCGUAACAACUGUAAUAGAUGUGACAAAGCCCGCACAACUCUAGCUAAAAAAAGAAAACUUGGAACAGAAAUUGGUAAAGCUGCUGCUGAGAAGAGUGGUGGUCUCUUCAAUGCUGAAGAUUGGCAAUGCUAUAAGUGUGCAAACGUUAAUUGGGCCCGAAGACAGCAAUGCAAUGUUUGUAACACACCAAAGUUCGCAGUUAUGGAAGAAAGAACUGGCUUUGGAGGUGGAUAUAAUGACAGAGAAGUGGUCGAAUAUAAAGAAAGACAAGAGUCUGAUGAUGAAUAUGAUGAGUUUGGCAGGAGAAAGAAACGACGGAAAUACAGUGACAGGUCUAGUUAUAAAGAUAGUAGUGAUGAGGAUGUAAAAAAAAUUGAUGAUAGCCUUGAUAAGAAAACAUUAAAUAAGGAGGAAAUCGAGGAGGAAGAUGAGGAUGAGGAGGAAGAUGAUGAUGGCGACCUAUCAAAAUAUGAUUUAUCUGAUUUUGGUGAUGCUACUAAUUCAAAUGAUAGUAAGAAAAAGUAGGAAAACUUCCAUGAAGUGCAUUUUAUCCAAAAUUUUAUAUUAGUUGACAAACUUUUGGAAUAAGCAAUCAAUUUUGAGUGUGAUUUCAGAGUAUCAGGGGAUUUUUGGACAUCUUUUCAAAUUGAUUAUCUUUGAAAAUUUUGCCUUUCCCUCCAAUUAAUAUUUUUUUUCUACUAACUGGAGGAUAUGGUGAUAAAGGAAAAAACAGUAUCACAUUCUAAUUGUUGUUACGAUCUUGGUUAAUCAAUUCUGAAGAAUUUGAUUUUAUGUUUACAUAUUACUGAAUAGAGGGGUGGAUAAGGUGUAUUAUUUUUGUAUUGACUCAGCUCGUAACAAUUUUUCAUUAAUGAAUUUACAUAUUUAUGGUAAUAUGUCUGAUAAUUCAGCCUUCUGGAUCCUCUAUUCAGUAUAGGUCUAUCAUAUGUGUCUUUUUUUCCAGAAUAGUUCUUUUUGGAUAUUUCUCCUAUAAUAGUAUCAAUGUUAAAAGAGUUUUAUACAUAACAUUUCCUCUUGUUUAACUGUAUGCAACUACCAGUACUGAGUUAUUCUUAGAUUGUAUAGUAGUAUUCUAGUGAUCUUUCCCUUUUCAGUUAAUAUGAUUCACAAGUUGAAGCAUUCCAGAAAAUUAAUCGUUGAAGGUAGUGGUGUUAGCAUUUGGAUUAGGUUAUCACAGAAGUGUAGAGCUACCAACUAAUAAUUUGAUGAUCUUCCACUCUGGGAAUUAAUGCCUUUUUUAUUUUAUUUUGUCAUUGGAGUAUGGAAAAAAUUGAAUUGUGAAAUUUCCAUAAUCUUAUGAAUGUUGAGAAAUAAAUGUUCUUGAA